CCCAAAGUCUCAAACUCCCAAUAAUACCCAAAACAAAAGAAAAACAAGAAGAAAAACUUCCAAAUUUCUCUCGCAACCCUAGAUUUCAAAUUGGCGGGAGUUUCAUUCUUCUCUUCUUCUCUCUCUGAAAAAUUCUAGGGCAAGCUUUUGCUUCAUGGCGGAGAUCGCAACAACCAGUACAGACACUUCAUCUCUACGGCCGAGUAGAAAGAAGAAAUCUAAAGUUUCAGUAGAAUCUGAUGAUGUUUCAAUUGGGGAAAAGCAUGACGAGAAUAAUAGUGGUCCAACACCGACUGAAGAAGAAACUCCAGUUGGGUCUGAUGAUAUUGGUUCUAACGAUGAUUUUGAAGAAAUUGGACCUAGUAAUAAAAGGAAACGUAUCCCUAAAGUUCCUGCAAAUCUUAAAAAUGUUGAUCUGAGUUUGAUUGAUACCAUCAAAGGUAAUGGGAAGCAAAUACCCCAUGUGGUCAAGAACUGGGUGGAGCAAUAUGAAAAGAGUCCUAAAUCUGCUAUGGUUGAAUUGCUCAUGAUGCUUUUCGAGGUUUGUGGAGCUAAAUAUUCUCUCAUCGAGAAGGACUUAGAUGACACAGAAGUGGAUAAUGUGGUGGUCAGUCUGGUGGAGCUUGCCCAGAAAGGAGAAGUAGAAGAUUACCACAGCUCUAAGCGGAAGGAGUUCAAAAACUUUAAAGAAAACCUUUUAUCUUUCUGGGACAAUCUGGUCAUUGAGUGCCAAAAUGGUCCACUGUUGGAUGAGGUUCUGUUUGAAAAGUGUAUGGACUAUGUUAUCGCAUUGUCAUGCUCUCCUCCAAGAGUUUUUCGCCAAGUUGCUUCGUUAAUUGGCCUCCAACUUGUCACAUCCUUCAUUACUGUUGCAAAGAUGCUGGGGUCUCAGCGUGAAACUACACAGAGACAGUUAACAACUGAAGUCAAAAAAAGAAAAGAGGGUCCACGUGUGGAUUCACUAGGCAAAAGGUUGGAAAUGACCCAGGAAAAAAUUAAUGUGAUUGAGAAUAUGAUGCGGAAGUUAUUUAAAGGGUUGUUUGUGCAUCGUUACCGGGACGUUGAUCCAAAUAUCCGUAUGUCAUCCAUACAAUCUCUUGGCGUCUGGGUUCUGUCGUAUCCCUCAAUGUUCUUGCAAGAUUUAUACUUGAAGUACCUCGGAUGGACAUUAAACGAUAAAAAUGCUGGUGUUCGAAAAUGUUCUAUCCUUGCUUUGCAAAAUCUCUAUGAGGUUGAUGAUAAUGUCCCAUCACUUGGGCUUUUCACCGAAAGAUUUUCAAACCGAAUGAUCGAACUCGCUGAUGACAUUGAUGUUUCUGUUUCUGUGUGUGCCAUAGGCCUUCUGAAACAAUUAUUAAGACAUCAGCUUCUAUCUGAUGAGGACUUGGGUCCUUUGUACGAUUUGCUUAUUGACGAACCGCCAGAAAUCAGGCGAGCAAUAGGAGCACUGGUGAAUGAUCACUUGAUUGCUCAGAAAUUUAGUACCUCGAAAGGAGAUGAAAAUGACUCGUCCGAUGUUCAUCUAGGAAGAUUACUGCAAAUACUGAGGGAGUUUACGGCAGAUCCAAUUCUAAUAACCUAUGUUAUUGAUGAUGUCUGGGAUUAUAUGAAGGCUAUGAAAGACUGGAAGUUCAUUGUGUCUAUGCUUUUGGACGAGAAACCCGGGAAAGACUUUACGGAUGUUGAUGCCACAAACUUGGUUCGACUGCUUCAUUCAUCGUCUAAGAAAGCUGUCGGAGAAAGAAUUGUGCCUGCUACUGAUAACCGAAAGCAGUACUACAACAAAGCUCAAAAGGAAGCACUGGAAAAUAAUAGACGGGACAUAACUUUGGCAAUGAUGAACAAUUACCCAAAACUGUUGCCCAAAUUCAUGGCUGACAAGGACAAAGUGUCACCGCUGGUAGAGAUAAUUCUGAAUAUGAAUCUCGAGCUAUAUUCGCUUAAGAGGCAAGAACAGAAUUUUGAAAAAGUUCUCCGGUUCAUUAAAGAAGCAUUUUUCAAACAUGGUGAAAAAGAACCUUUGAGGUCCUGUGUCAAGGCUAUGAGCUUUUGUUCUACUGAGAGUCAAGGAGACCUGCAAGAUUGUGCACACACCAAAUUAAAGGAGCUAGAGGAUGAACUUAUAACAAAGCUUAAGUCUGCAAUGAAACAAGUGGAGGGAGGCGAUGAUGACUACUCUUUUCUCGUUAAUUUGAAACGAGUAUAUGAACUCCAAUUAGCAAAGUGUGUACCCAUUGAAAUCUUAUUUGAAGAUUUUGUCAGGAUUCUUGAAGGAAACAGAAAUAUGGAUGAAGAGGUUGUAUGUUUUCUGCUUCUGAACAUGUAUAUGCAUGUAACCUGGUGUCUGCGGUCUAUUAUAGAUGAAGAAAGUAUUUCUCAAAAAUCACUAGAUUCAUUAUUGUCCAAACGUACUACCUUGUUUAAGCAACUUGAAUACUUCCUUAACACCCAUUCUGAAGCUGGGAGAGAUGGAAGAUACGGAAGGCAGCUUGCUUGUCGAGUCUGUGGUAUACUCGCUGAGAUGUGGUUCAUGUUUAGAAAGUCGAAUUUUGCUUCAUCAAAGUUGGAAGGAUUAGGAUUUUGUCCUGACGUGCCUAUGGUUCAAAAAUUCUGGUCUCUUUGUGAACAACAACUCAAUAAAGACGAAAUUGAAGAUGAUGAAGCCAAUCAAGAAUACAUAGAAGAGACAAAUAAAGAAGCAAUCAUGAUUGCAGCAUCGAAGUUGGUUGCAAGUGAUGCGGUUCCUAAGGACUAUCUUGCUCCCGAAACCAUAUCGCAUUUCUUGAUGCAUGGACCAAAUGUUGGGGAGAUUGUCAAGCAGCUGAUUUCUGUCCUGAAGAAGACAGCCGAUCGAGAUGUUUGUAAUAUAUUUCUGGAAUCACUGAAAAGGGCAUAUAAUCGGCACGUCUUGGAGGUUUCAAAAAGUGACGAUGAAUCUUUAACGAGUAAGUCUCUUACAGAGUGUAAGGACCUAGCUGCUCGGCUUGCUGAAACGUUCGUUGGUGCUGCUCGAAACAAGUAUAGGUCAGACAUUCUUAAGAUUGUUAAAGAGGGCAUCUUGUUUGCCUUUGAGGAUGCUCCAAGACAGCUUAGUUUUCUUGAAGCUAUACUACAUUUUGUAUAUAGACUUCCAACAUCAGACAUCUUAGAAAUCGUAAAGGAUGUCCAGAAACGCACAGAGAAUGUUAAUACUGAUGAAGAUCCUAGCGGGUGGCGUCCUUAUGUCACUUUUGUUGAUCAUUUACGUGAGAAGUAUGCGAAGAAUGCGGGUCUUAAUGACGACAAAGAGGGAUCUGUUGCGGGUCGCAGAGGUCGUUCACGUAAACGCCGUAAUAUACAGGGGAAGAAACUCUUUGAUGAACAAGAAUCAAGUGAAGAAGAUGACUAUAUUAGUGCAUCUGACCAGGAAGGUCCAGAAGAAGAAGAUCAAGAUGAGGAGGAUGCUCCUCUGAUACAUUCUUUCAAGUCUGCAGCGAAAUUGAGGUCUUUGAGAGUUCAAAGACAGGAAAGCAAAUCCAAAGAUUCUGGGAAAGCUCCUCAAGAGGAUGCAUCUGAUUCUAGAAUGUCAGGUUCUUCUGAGUAAUUCUACCUUCGGUAUAGCAUGCACAUGUUAUCGGCUGAGGCGUGUUGGAAGUGUAAAUUCUGUACUAGUCAGAUGAGUUUUACCAAUAGAAAGCUAACCUUUAAUGUUUUAUUAGAGGAAAAAUGUAACCAUUUCUUUCUGCUAGUAAUGUCGUGUCAGUAAAUAUUAUCUUUGUUCCUACUCAUUGUGUAUCAUUAUAGUCCUUGUAGUGAUCAGGGUUCAGGAAUUACUUGGUUUUGGAGUUAUUUUUGCAAAUAGCGAGUAAGCUCUCUUGAUAUGCUUGUUUUAAAAUUCCACAAGUCCCGCCUUCACAGACUAAUUUCCACGGUCUGUAAAAUAUUUUAAGCUCAAAUGUAACAGGGGUGGGAUUUUGAUAUAGAAUUUGAAGAUUCUAGAUCAUUUUUGUA